AUGAAUGUGAAUGAAAAAUUGAGAGCUGAAGAUGGUACUAAACCUGCUAAUGCAAGGUGGUAUAGAAGCAUGGUAGGUGGUUUGAACUACUUAUCUAAUACAAGGCCUGAUAUUGCACAUUAUGUUGUAUUAAUGAUAGAAGAAGCACUUCGGGAUAUGUUUUUUCCCUUGGUUCAAGUGCUAUUUCAUGGAGCUCGAAGAAGCAAGACACUGUGGCUUUAUCCUCAUCUGAGGCUGAAGAUUUAUUGUGACAACAAAUCAGCCAUUGUGAUGACAAAGAAUGCAGCUUUUCAUGGCAGAAUAAAGCACAUUGAUAUCCGGUACCACUUCAUUCGUGAUCUUAUAGCAGAUGGUGUUAUUGCAUUGAAGUAUUGUGGAACAAAAGAGCAAGUUGCAGAUAUAAUGACUAAGUCACUUUUGAUUGGAAAAGUUGAAGAUUUUAGAAUACAAAUGGGUGUCUGCUGCUUUGAAGCAGGGGGGAGUGUUAAAUGA